UCACUAAACCGCUGCUUUUACUGCCUCUUAAUAAUUUGUUUGUGGCUUUGCCUCAGCUACACACUACAUGAUUUAUUGAACUCUGCAGGGUGUCCUCGUUCAGUGUUGUGGAGUUUGUGGAUGAGGUUGACCCUGAUGGCUGCAAGAAAAUUGACAUAAUUCCAUUCGAGUGGUUCAAGGGCACAGAGAGAAAAGAAUGCUGGUGGCCACCAGCCUCACUGGUCAAUGUAACGAAGGCUGUGAAAGAGCACACACCACCAGCCAGCAACUGGAUAGCGUGUAACGUGCGUGUAAUGCGAAGUGCAGCCACUUAUGCCGAAGCUAGGGUUAAACUCCACCAAGCUGAGUAUUCAUCAGACUUGACAGACACAGACACAAAUAUCUCAAGAAAAAAAAGGCCAAGUGCAAAACUUAUCCAGAGUCCACUGAGCACUCAACUGGAAUCAAGUGAGCAUUCAGAUUCUUUGGAGGAGCUUCCACCCACUCCACCAAACCAACUCCUUAGGCCAAAAGUGAGAGAAGUGAGAAAUUACUUCCAAAACCCCACUGCCCAACAAGGCACCAGCCCCACAGCCCGAGGAGUUACCAGCCCCACAACCCAAGGAGUUACCAGCCCCACAACUACAGUUACCAGCCCCACAGCCCGAGGAGUUACCAGCCCCACAGCCCGAGGAGUUACCAACCCCACAGCCCGAGGAGUUACCAGCCCCACAACUACAGUUACAUGCCCCACAACUACAGUUACAUGCCCCACAGCCCGAGGAGUUAUCAGCCCCACUUGUGAAGCCAUGUUCACUAAACUUCUAACAGUUUUAGAAGAAGUGAAGGAGACACAACGUGUUCAUGGAAAGAUGUUGAAUGCCCUGCUGAAAAAGCAAGACAGAUCGAUGGUAGAGGUUCCUGAAGGAGUGGUCUUGCCUCUGAAAACCCAGGCUGACCUUGAGGCUCUUGAUCAGAAGCUGGGGGAUCGUAGUGUCAUGUCUGCUGUUGUUGCCAUGGUGGCAGAUGUGGGCGGCACAAGCAUAGAUGACGCAACGAGAAGAAUGAUGAAAUACAUCUUUUCAAAUGAGCUGGCAUUGGAGUACAAUUUGUUUGGCCGUCAUGGGAAAAAAAAGUUUAAAGAUUUGCGUAUUUUCAACGUUGUGUAUGAGGCUCUUAAGAACAACCCCCUGACAUCAAAGGUCAACCAGCAAGAAGCUGAGAGGGCACUGUCAAAAUGGUUCACUGGAGGAAGAGACAGAGGAGGACAAAGGGCAUCAAGAAUGCACCAAAAUAUGGCUGCAGUUUAAAGUUUACUGAAAAGGUUAUAAGAAGUUGCUGUAUCUAACUGUUGCAGUUCUUGUAUUUUUUUCUGACUAUUUUGUUCUAAAAAGUGGGUUGACAGCUUUCCAAAACACUCAAGGCUGGUUCUAAAAUAGUAUUGUGACAUAAAGCUGUUAAAAUAGUUAAG